GGAGGGCGGUGAAGGGGCCUCUAUGGUGGGGAUGUCGGUUUCAGCACCGCCGAACUCUGGACAGCUCCUGAAGCCCGUCAAUGGCGCAGCGGCCGGCGCUGGAGCAUCACUCGAACCCAGGGCGGGGAUGAGUAGGCAUUUUGUUGACAGAUCAGAGCCUCUACUAGUCGGUCAUCAGGCUUUCAUCCCUAGACCAACGUACAAUGUGAACGAGCCAAUCAGGAUUUCGAGCGAGCUCUCCGCUGCAUAGCGUCCAGCAAUCCUGCCUCCUGGAGCCAACAGCUCUCUUGGAACAAAUAUGCCCACAGUACUCUCCGGGUGGCUUUCACAGCCGGAGAUGUUGAAGUGUCUGGAAAAGAGCUAGGAAGGCCUUGGCCCAGGCUUCAAGAUGGACCAAAGCAGCGGCUGAUCAUCACCAGACUCCCGCACCCCACUAUAUGUCUGUGGUCAAAAGGUUGGCUAGAGGGGGAGGCCUACCAUCAAGCCCAGAAUUAGGCCAUGGGACUGGUAGUGAUCAAGGGCCAAGUGGUGACUUUGGCAUGGGCGGCAUUCAGUCAACUGGAAACCCUUACAAAAAGCCAGUCCAUGAUGGACCUAGACAUUCCCAGACUGGUUCUACACAUCAAUCGCAAAUUCAAGCUUCAUCAGGGGGCAUGGGACCCACUCAAAGCCCUGGACAACAUGCCUCCAGACGCAACCUCCAGGUGGACUUCAGCAGCAGCAGUGGGCAAACAGGCCGCUCACCGUCAGUGUCUCCUGAUAGAGCCAGUGCACCAACUUCACCAUACUCAGUACCCCAGAUUGCUCCGAUGCCUAGCAGUAAGCUCUGUCCAGUUUGCAAUACUACAGAGCUGACAAAUGUUGAUGGGUUACCAAACUUCAACAAGUGUACGCAGUGCCACACAACAGUGUGCAACCAAUGUGGCUUCAACCCCAACCCACACCUUACAGGGGUCAAGGAGUGGCUCUGUUUAAACUGCCAGAUGCAGCGUGCUUUGGGAAUGGAUAUGACUACAUCACGUUCCAAGAGUCAGCAGCAGAUACAUUCUCCUUCUCAUCAACCUAUGGGUAACCCCAUACCCAAGACCCAACCCUCAGCUCGGCCCACACCGCAGCUACAAACCCAAAUGCAGACACAGAUGAAAGUUCAGCCUCAGACUCAAACUCAAGCUUUCUCUGGGAUCCAGAAACAGAUGGGUCCUACUGGAACUAACCAGACUGCACUUAACAGUGGGCCACACACUAGUCUCCAGACACAAAAAGAACAACCACAAAAAAAACAACCACAAUCAGGAAAUUUACAAGCAGGUUCCCAGUCAGGGUCCAAGGAUACCCAGAGGCAGCGAGGGGAGGUAUUGGGACCAAAAAGUCCAGAAAGGGUGGCCCAAACAGGACGGAUUCCUCAUCCAGGGGCAGUGCCUUUACCUGGCUUAGCAAAGGCACAAUCACAGUCUGAUCUGGGGCACAGCACUCCAGUACGGUUUGGAGGUCAACCUGAUAAGGCCCGAAGUCUUGGAAACUCCCCAGCUCAUCACCAACCAUCCCACGAGGCACCUCAAGAUGGUUUAACUAAGCUAUUUGGUUUUGGGGCAUCUCUUCUAAAUCAGGCAAGCACCCUUAUUUCUGUUGAUCCUCUUCCUGGAUCCUCACCGCACCACUCGCCUGCCCGUAACCAGAGUGCCCAGGGGACAAAGGUGAUCUUUAGUGAUGCUAAUGAUGGAGCUAGUGCUAAAACUACAGCAGGACCACCUGACACUGUCAAAACAGGCCCAGGCCCUGGAGCCCCUCUCCACAAACAACCUCUGCAGCAGCAGUCACCAGUGCACCAUCAAAAACAGCAGUCGCCGAAACACCAUCAAACAAUACCACAGCAGCUGCCACCACUAAAGCAGCCUCCACCUCAGCCAGUUAGUCAGAAACCAGAUGUUACCUGCCCAUUAUGCAAAACUGUGUUCAAUGUCGGAACAACAGAACCACCAAACUACAAGUCUUGCACCCAGUGUCAUACAGAGGUGUGCAAUCUUUGUGGUUUCAAUCCCACACCACAUGUGCUGGAGAAGAAAGAAUGGCUCUGUCUGAACUGUCAGACUCAGAGACUGAUGUCUGGUGGACUUGACCCUCUUCCAGUUCUACCUUCAUCACCCAGCUGUCAACCAACGGGUUCACCUCGGCAUCAACAACUUUCCAGCAAGCAGCCGCAAGGGCUUCAGACAAUGUCAUCACAACAGAAACCUCCUAUUUCUCAACAGAGUGGAUUCUCUUCCCCCACAGCUAGACCAGCAAGCAAUAUAAAAACUUCUACACAGUCUGCUACAGCUACAGCACCUCCUGUGUCUACCACUACUGCAUUUACAGGCGAAGAAGAGAGAAAGGAAAUUGCACCCAAAGUAGAUAAAGGGCCUGAUCCUGACAAUAGAGACAAUAAACCAACUCAAAAGAGAGGAACAACAGAGUCAAUUCAGACACCUUCUAAAGACGAAAAGAAAGAAUUACAGAGUGUUACAAAAUACUAUGAGGAAACCAGCAAGACAAACAGCAAUAAUGAUCUAUCACGAAGUCCACAGAGUUUGAGUGAUACUGGCUAUUCCUCUGAUGGGAUCUCCAGCUCACAUAGUGAAAUUACUGGACUUAUCCAAGAGGAAGAGCUAAAAAUGAGUGAGAAAGGUCUGACUGGGUACCAUACACCACCAAGUCCAUCUGAGCUGAUUAAGCUGGAGAGCUCCAUGCGACCCCUUCUAGAGUCUAAAUUUUCAUCUGAAGGGGAAAGAGCACAGGACAAGAAGCGUGGAAAACAGCAACAAGGUGACAUCAGGAAACAUAAGUCUCGCUCAAUAUCAAUUAGUCCAGAGGAAUAUGACUCAGAUGACGACUUUGAAGGCAUUAUGGAAGAGGAGCAAGAUCCAACUGAGGAAGAGCUUAGAGUAAUUGCUGCUUUAGGGGGCAACAGUGGCCAUAUAAAUAUUAGUUUAGAAUCUGAAGAGAUUACUGAUGAGGAGUUUAUGAGACGGCAAAUUAUGGAGAUGAGUGCUGAUGAGGAUAAUGGGGAUGAGGAUGAAGAAGGGGAAAUGGAAGAAGACGAUGAUGAUGAGGAUGAAGGCUAUGGCUACAAAAAGCUAAAAAAGACUCAAAAGCACAUCAGUGACUCAGGAAAAGAAAAACGCCGUCUUACUUAUCACUCUAGUAGCUUUGAGGAGGAUAGUAAAACAGCUAGUGAUGUAUAUAAAGGAUCAGCUGAAGAGGAUCUCAUGGCCUCGCAAGGAGGCUUACGCAGAUUCAAGACCAUAGAAUUGAACAACACUAACAGUUAUAGUCGAGACAUGGAAUUAAACAAUGACAAUGACCUGAGUCUCGACCGAGAGCCUGAGCUAGAGAUGGAGAGCCUCACUGGUUCUCCAGAAGAAAGGUCAAGAGGGGAAUAUUCCUCCACCCUCCCACCAAGCACCUCUAGCUAUACCUCAGGGAUAUCCCCUACUUCCAUAUCUUCCAUGGAAGAUGACAGUGACAGUAGUCCUAGUCGAAGGCAGCGGCUGGAGGAGGUGAAGCAGCAGAGGAAGGCCAGACAUCGCUCUCAUGGCCCUCUACUACCUACCAUUGAGGAUUCCUCAGAAGAAGAUGAAUUGAGGGAAGAAGAAGAACUUCUUAGGGAGCAGGAAAAGAUGAGAGAAGUGGAGCAGCAGAGAAUACGAAGCACUGUCCGGAAAACAAAACGGGACAAAGAAGAGCUAAGAGCACAAAGACGCAGAGAACGAUCCAAGACUCCCCCCAGCAAUCUAUCCCCCAUUGAGGAUGCUUCUCCAACAGAGGAACUAAGACAAGCAGCCGAGAUGGAGGAACUCCACCGGUCCUCUUGCUCAGAAUACUCUCCUUCAGCUGACUCAGAUGCUGAGGGCUAUGAAAUUUCAUCAAAGCUGUAUAAAUCUGGAAGUGAGUACAACCUACCAACCUUUAUGUCACUUUAUUCUCCUACUGAAAAAACACAAACUACAUCAUCUGCAGCUGCUAUAAAAACUUCCUCUAGUGGCAAACAAUUAAAAAGUGCAGAAGAAGUAUAUGAAGAAAUGAUGAGGAAAGCAGAGAUGUUGCAGAAACAACAAAAGCAGCAGACACAACAGCAAUCAGGCUCAGUCCUGAUUUUACAGCAGUACAGCACAACCACCUAUCAAGAAUCAGACAUUAGAAAUAGACAAGAUAUUGAGGAUGAAUAUGAUUUUUCUGAUCAAGAUGAUAUCCACUAUGAGAAUGAGGAAACAGUUGAUAUCUAUGAAGAGAUCCGCCAAACCUCACAAAACAUUUCAAAACAGCUUGAUGACCAAAUGGAGAUGGAAGUGUCCUAUUCAGAAAAGCAGUUACUAGAUACAGGCUCAGUCUUUGCUAAGUUGCUGGAACAAAGCAAUGCUUUACUGACUCCUGGCACAAGCCCCACCCAGCUCUCGGCACCAGUAUCAUUUUCUGAAACUGGAACAGGAGGGCGGAUACCUGAUGUCAGAGUGACCCAACAUUUUUUAAAAGAUGGGCCCAAAGACAGACUUAGAAAUCAAACUGGUAAAAAUGGUAUUACACCAACAGUUGCUGCCACAACUAUUGCUGCUUAUGGAGUGUAUGCCAGGGAUACUGUCACUGUCUCUCAAACUAGUGCCAGUCAAACAGUGUCCACCACACAACCCAAUUUAUAUGGUCGGCAAAUUACCACAACCACUGCUGGUGUUUCAAAUGUGUCUCGUAAAAUAGCUGCAAUCACUCAGGCUUACAACCAAAGAGAAAUUGCUGCAAGGAAAAUGGCAAUCAGCAAAGGAGUCCAAUUGAGAGAUAAUUCAACAUCAUCAGAAACUAUAACUGAAUCUGCCCCAAGUUCAAUUAGGUGUUAUACUUAUCAUGAAAGGAGUCCACCUCUUUCUCCUAUUUCAUCUCCUCUUCAUAGUCCAACAAGAUCCCUGUAUAGGAGAUCAGCAGAGCUUUCAACUCAAACAGUUUGCCCUUCAACGUUAGCUUCCUCAGGGAAUGCUUCUCACACCUCUUCGUUCAUAGCACAGGGCACUCAGACUUCACAUGGGGUUGUUUCACCAUGCCUUUUUAGACAGCAGUCUUCUCAAGAUACAUAUUUUAUGGUUAGAAAAGAAGAGUUUGAGCCAACUAGUCCACCAAAGCCAGUUACAGUUAACACAGCAACGUCUCCUUUGUCUUCACCAACAAGAUUUAGCCGCCAAUCAACAUUUGAUACCUACUCACCUCCUGUCAGCCCUCCUGACACUCCACCACAUCAAUUAUCACCCCAACAUGGUUUCUACAAGAACUAUAGAGCUGUUGGAACUAGCAUGGUCACCAAUGCUAGCAUGUAUACACGUGGAUCACUGUCAAUGGAAAACAUAUCACUUUGUCGGAUUUCGACAGUUGCUGGUACUUCAAGAAUUGAGCAAGGACAAAGGUUACAGAGUGGAAGUGUAGUAGAUCUACGAACUGGAAUAAAGCCAACACCAAUUAUUAUGACUGACCAAGGAAUGGACUUGACUUCAUUAGCCACUGAAUCUCGAAAAUAUUCUGGGUCUGUUGAAGGAAGCCCUGUUCGUCAAUCCACAACUAUACAGCCCUUAAUAAUGAACUUGAAUACACAGGAGCAGCUGCAUGUUGUGACAUCAACAGCAACAACUGUCAGUGUUACUGUAGCUGCAUCUAUGUUCAUGUCCCAGCCUAAUCACCCUGUACUGUAUUGUGAUCCUCUUGAAAACAGAUUUGAUUUGGGCAAAGAUAUGGGAUCAGUAGUUUGCCUGGCACCAAAUGAGCCACCACCAAUUGAUCCAUCCAUACCAAAGAUUGAUGCUAAGCUGGAAGACCUGAGUAUCCAGCAGCAACAGUUACUUAAACAGCAGCAGAAGCUUCAACAGCAACAACAGCUUCUUGAGCACCAGCUUCAGCAACAUCAUCAGCUUCAACAACAACAAGCUGCCUCUUUUGCAAAGUUGAACUUGUCUAGCCAACUACCUUUAUUCAAAAAGGAUAUGCUUGUCACUCAAAAAAGCUCUGCCACAGAGGUUAAUGUCAUCUCGCCGGGUAUGACAUCUGAGGUUUAUAGUGUUGGAGGUCCACUUGAGUUAAGGGGAAAGCAAGCAGAGACAGGUAUCAUCAGUCUAACAAACAUCAAGCCUCAGAUGAUGAUGGUCCAGAUAGAUGGCACUGCACAAGGAGCUACUACAACACAACUAAUCAAAUCAGAGGAAGGCCAGGAUGCAAUGAAUUUAACAGGGCAAAUAAAAUCAGAAAAUCAAGUUACUUGUUGUGAUAUGGUAUAUAACCUGCCCUUUGGUGGCAGCUGUGUGGGUGGUCCAUUCUCCCAGAAACCAGUCACAGAUGAUGCUUUUAAGCCAUCAUCAAGAUCACCUUGCUCACUACCACAGCUCUAUCAGCAAUAUGGUUUACAGCAAGAUGGACAGACAUGCCAAGAUUACACAAUUAAAUCAUACACACUGCCUCUCCCUGGACGACUACAGCCAUCAAUGUCUGAAACAAACCUUGCAGAUGCAGGGUUGUCAUCGUAUUCAGCAAAGCUUGAUCCCCAUUUUCAUGCCUCUGGGGAAUUAUUAACACAUUCAGGCACAGUAAAGGAUGGCUAUGAUGGAGGGUACCUUGGUAUGGGACUUCAGUAUGGCUCCUACACAGAUCUUCGUCAGGGUGAUGUUGCAGAUCUUCCAAUUAGAAGGUAUAGCUCCCUGACCAACAUCAACUCAGAUUAUGGGUAUUUCUCAGGUGAUUUUGGAGAAUCUAAUCUUGCCCAAUACAGUGCUACAACUGCCAGGGAGAUAAGUCGCAUGUGUGCAGCCCUUAACUCCAUAGAUAGAUAUAGUAGUAACCCUGACAUACUACAGCUGGGCACCAGAAGAAGUAGUGGUCCACCUAGUAGAAUUAAUCUGCCCCAAAGUCACAGGCCUGGUUUAAAGUACAGCCCAGAUGGAAAGCCUCUUUCCCAAAGUCAAGCACUAACUGAUUUAAUCAAUGCAAGACAAGCCAGUCUUCGAGCUAUGUACCCAUCAUCUAUUAGAUCAGCUGACGGCAUGAUCUAUUCAACUAUAAACACACCAAUUGCAUCAACAGUUCCAAUUACUACCCAGCCUGCUUCUGUGCUACGGCCUUUAUUAAGAGGGGUAUACAGGCCUUAUCCUACACCAAAUAUGACACCAAUACCUCUGGCAAGCCUAACCAGAUUGCCACUAACUCCAAGGACUGGGCAGGCACCUUUCCAAUGUCCUACACCUAAUCCUCUCUCUGUUACAUCUACAAAAGUUUCUGAGUCUCCAGUUAUCACAACAGUCCAAGAUGCUCCAUUGUACCUAGGUAAGUCUCCAGUAAGUCUAACAGUAGCUGGAACAGUUACACAACCAAUUCAGCCUUCUUCUGUACCUGCUGGUACUAUCACACCAGCACCUAUUUCAACACCAAUGGGCGUGGCAAUGGGCCAGCCUGAUAUCCAGUUGCAACCAAUAAAUCUAUCUCAGCCCCACCAUCAGGCCAAGUCCACUGCCCAGCCCCCUAUGCAACACCAACUACCACAAUCAAAAUCAUCUGCUCAGUCCUACCCUCCAGUGCAGGGUCAUCCUAUUACUCCUAAAACACAGCCACCCCCAUCAUCUCAAGCUGCUGCUAUCAGCAGUAUUGCUCCAAACCAAGAAAAAGAAACAGAGGAAAGACUGCAUCAACAGCAGGAACAGCUUUUGCAGCUUGAGAGAGAAAGAGUGGAACUGGAAAAAUUGAGACAGCUAAGGGUUCAGGAGGAGCUUGAGCGGGAGCGUGCAGAGUUGCAGAGGCAUAGAGAAAAAGAGCAGAUGCUAGUGCAGCGAGAAAUUCAGGAAUUGCAGACUAUAAAGCAACAUGUUUUGCAGCAACAACAAGCUGAGAGAGAAAGCCAGUUGGUCCUACAGAGAGAGCAACUAGCUCAACAAAAACAGCAGCUUGACCAGAUAAAAUCUUUGCAACAACAGUUACAACAGCAGCUUGAGGAACAAAAGAGACAAAAGACUUCCACAGCUAUUGGUGCAACCAGUGCAAAUCCUCAAAUCCUCAGUGAUCAAUCUGGCAGAAUUAUUCAGCCACAGGAAUUGGCAACUGAUAUUUUGUAUGGUGAUGUUCAGGUUUUCUUAAGACAACUACCAAAUUCUACAUCAGAGAUAUGCUUGAGAAAUAGAGAAGAUCAGACAGAAAUCAGGUCCAUGCGUAAACAAAGAUCAAUGCCUCGACUGCAAGAUGGAAAUGAUAGAGAAGUGACAAUGUUCCCCUUGCCCCAAAGGCUUGUAGACUGCGGUGUGCAAACUGAUGAUGAAGAUGGAGAGGAGAGGUACCUGGUAUCAAGAAGACGACGGACUAGGCGCAGCGUGGACUCCAGUGUUCAGACAGAUGAUGAUGAAGACAAGGCAGAGUGGGAGCAGCCAGUUAGACGAAGACGUUCCCGUUACUCAAGACAUUCUGGUGAAUCUGGUGUAGACCAUAAAUCCGAAGCACCUCCUUUUACAACUUCAGCUACUAAGACAGCAUCUUCCAGCAUUGCCAUACAGACAAUUCGAGACUGUUCUUGCCAAACAGAGACAGAGGAGCUGGUUAGAGUAUCUCCAAGCAUACAUGUCACCAUGCCAGACCCCAGCAAGGUUGAAAUUGUCCACUAUAUUUCAGGUCCUGAGAGAACACAGAAUGGUCAAAGCUUAGCUUGCCAAACUGACCCUGAGACACAGUCUCAAAGCAUAGUUAUUCCGCAAAUAAGCAUUGCUACCACUGUCAGUCCCACCAGUGUCCAGUUAGUUGGUUCAGCAGAUCCACUCUCUCCAAGUCAACAGAGUGCUGUGAAGUUUGGAAGGCAGAGACCUGACCCUUUGGAGUUUGGCUACCAGCAGCAUCACCUGCAUAAUGAGUCUUUGUCCAGCUUUAUCCGGCAACAACCUAAAUCUCCACAGGUGCUGUAUUCUCCUGUUUCUCCUCUUUCUUCUCCACAACACAUCAUAGAUACUUCAUUCUCUUCUAGUGAGAGGCUGAAUAAAGCACAUGUCACCCUGCGGCAGAAGUCCUAUAUUGCUGAGCCAUCACAGAGACACCAGCCCCUUCCCCACCCAAUGAAGAAUAUUCAGAGAUCUAUGUCAGACCCCAAGCCUCUCAGCCCAACUACAGACGAAAGCACUAAGGCUAGGAUUUCACUUUAUCAACAGCAAGCCCUUCAGAGUCAGCUGGCAGCCCUACAGCAGAGCUCCCUCCUAAGGAAGGUGAAGAGGACCUUGCCCAGCCCCCCACCAGAGGAGACUCAACGGCCUAUGCUCACACCUAACCUAUCCCACAUACUUGUUCCCUCUCUACCAUCUCUGAAAGGGGGUUCUCGUUUAGCUGCAAAGGCCAGUCUACUUAAGGACUUGACUCAUGAGCUAAAGGCUGUUGAACAGGAAUCUACAAAGCUACGUAAGCAGCAGGCAGAGUUGGAGGAGGAAGAAAAGGAAAUUGAUGCCAAGCUUAGAUACCUGGAGUUGGGCAUCACACAGCGAAAAGAAUCACUGGCAAAGGAGAGAGACAGGAGGGAGCUAGCAUACCUGCGCUGCAUGGGUGAUUCGCGAGACUACAUGUCAGACUCUGAGCUCAACAAUCUUCGCUUGACAGCUGCGGCCACAUCCUUUGAGAGCAACGGGCUAAUGACAAGACCUAGUACAGCACCACUCAGCCAAUUUACUUGUGAGCUAAACACUGCUGCCCAGUUUCCCCCCACAUCCUCUUUCAUGUCGUACCAGUACCCUCAAAGUCUCCAAACGGCACCUACCCCACAGGCCUCUACACUGCAGAGCACAGGUUUCAACCAACCUCCCUAUCCAUCAGUAACCCAAGCUCAAGCUCUCCCCCAGCCCUCCCCCUUGCAGACUUAUCCAACCCUAUCUUAUCAGGUCCAAGGGACAUUUCCUUCCCAAGUCUUCCAACAGAACCAGCCUCCAUAUCCAGCAGACACUUCAGUGCCACCUCCAGCACAGCCAAGCCAACCAGGGUUUCAGCCUACCCUACCACCUACUGGUACAAUCCCUUAUCCAAACCACAGUACACCAUACCCAAGCCAGGCACCCCCCUAUCCAGUCAGUCAAGCAAGCACUUAUCAGCCACAGACAGACACUCUCACUUUUCACCAAAAGCCACGACAGACAUCGCUUGCUGACCUUGAACACAAGAUGCACACAAAUUAUGAGGUUAUAAGAAAUCCUACAGUUAUAGUAACGACUGCGCAAGAUAUUACUUACAGCCAGUCUGGCUUGUGUCCGUCUUAUGGCCAAUACAGUACAACUAUGGCAAGCACUUAUGGCCCCUACUCCUCAUCUACAUCAAAUACAUAUGGUGGGUCUUUAACAAACUCUGCAGCCUCUAGUUAUGGGCCAUACACAACAAUCUCAUCCAGUAGUUAUGGGCAGUACACAACAACUAUUGCAAAUACUUAUGGAUAUACAGUAACUACAGCAAGUUCCAGUGGGCAAUAUAACACUAUUGUUACAAAUACAUAUGGGCAGACAAUAUUAUCUGACCAUAUACACUCAAUGGAGAGCCCCUCUAUGUACAACAGUGAAGGCCUAUACGGAUCAUCCAGCCUUGAGCAAAAUGUCCCAAGGAACUAUGUCAUGAUUGAUGACAUAUGUGAACUGACCAAGGAAGGCAUGGGCACUAGUUCAGACUCACAUCGCAAUGAGGGUCAUGGACGAUAUGGGAAUGAUGGACUUCACACUCGUGGGGGAAGCUCCUUUGGCAGACCAGAGGAUGAACGUGAUGCAGACCAGUAUGACCAGCAUCAUGGCAGGGGUAAGAACACCUGCAGCUACCAAGCACAAGGGGCACAUACGCAUGGCCGGGUAGUGGGAAGCAGUAGCAUGGGUGGGGGAUCAUCAUAUCACUAUGAUGACCACAGUCACUCAACACCUACAUGGGCAGCUCAGAGGCACUCCUCAAAGAACCUGUGUCCUUCAGCCGUCAUGUCCACCAGGAGGAGCAAACAUCGUAAACAAGGCAUUGAGCAGAAGAUAUCCAAGUUUUCCCCAAUUGAGGAAGCUCAUGAUGUGGAGGCUGAUCUGGCCUCUUUCACCAUGAGCACCUCUACACCCAGUGGUUAUUGCUCAGGUUCCCAUUACCAUAAACUUCAGGAUGGCAUCUAUGGGCUACGGAGUACUUACAGUCCACAACGGGGCUACUAUAAUGAUGAACAUCUCUAUGGCUAUGGCAGGUCCCGUUCAGCUGGUUAUGGCAUGGACAAAAUCUCUCCCUGCGAGAUGGGCUACAGAAGCAGGUCAUAUGAACGGGACUGUAUAGACCGGUCAUACCACAACAACUAUGGCCACAGUGUGCGCCCUGCUUUGCAUUCUCAAAAUUCAGAAAAGGAGAACUCCCACUUCAUGACAAAGCUCAUGAGUGUUGGGAGGGCUUUCGGCUAUCCAUCAAAUUCAUAUGGUUCAAGUCACUCUCUACCUGAUGUGCAGGACCAUAUUCGAGAUCUGCCCCGGACCCAUGUCUACAAACCAGAUGAUAUGUAUAUAAUUGACGAUAUGCAUUGUGCUGUUUCUGACAGCGAAGCAUACCAUCUUGGUCAAGAGGAGACAGACUGGUUUGAAAAGCCACGUGAUGUCCGUGGUUCACGUCACUAUGGCAGCAAUGGUCAUUCUGGGAGGCGAGGCCAUGUCAAGCACACAUACCAUGAUUAUGAUGAGCCACCAGAAGACCUUUGGCCACAAGAUGAUUAUGGUCACACCUGCCACAUUUCCUCUAGAGAACACCGCCAUCACAGCAGUGGAAGUUCCGGUAGGCACUCCUCACGCCACUCGGAUGAGCCUCGUUCCUCUCGAUCAUCACGUUCCUCAAAGGAUCCAUCCAUGCGACAUGAUUCCCGCUCCUUAUCAUCUUCAGGGAGGAGGGGAGAAUCUCGUUCUCAGGGCUACCUCUCCUCAGAUUAUUCCCGUGACACCUCAGGCCACCACCAUAGCUCCCGCUCUGGUAAACAGUCCUCCCACCAUCAAGGGUCCUCCAGCAGGAAGCAACAGGACCACCCCUCAUCAUCCAGACAGCCAGGAUCUCUUGGGCCUGGACAGAAGGGACCAGGUGGACCUUCAAGUUCAAGCAGGCAAGCUGGCUCUCAGCCACCUGUUGAUGGGCAGCAAGGUCAGCGAACACAGCUUCAGCAGCAGGCACAGAUAUCAGCUGCCAGGCCAGGCUCUCAGACAUCUGCCACAGGCACAACACAACCACAAUUAGUACAAGCCCAGCAACUGCAAGCUAAACCUGGCCAGACCGGUCCAAUGCCUCGACAACCCACCUCAGCAGCACAGACAUCCCCAGCUGUACAGACUAAACCAGAGCCCACCCCUGCUACUGCUAUUGGAGCAAAAGCAGUCCCCAGCCAACCUGCCAAAACAGCCCAACCUCCACUUACCGGAAUAGGCUCCAAAUCAGCUCCAAGGCCUGGUGGAAUUGGCAGUGCAACUGCAGGUCAGUCGGGUGUAGAGGGAGAGAGCAUGCUUUCUAAAAUGUUGCCUGGAGGAGCUGCAGAGCAAGCUGGCAAAUUAGGAGAAGCCAUAUCUGGAUUUGGCAAGAAGUUCACCUCCUUGUGGUGAGGUAGUACAAUUAAAGGGAGUCUAAAAUGACAGAGGAUGUUUUUGUACCAGAAAAACCUAUGAAGUUUCCCUAUUAUGUUUUAAUUUAAAGAGAAGACAACUCAAGAAAGAAUGUGAGAGGGAGAGAAGCUAUCUGGUUGUUCUAGAGUGGAAUCACAAGACUUCGUAAACUCAAGGUCUGGGUCAUAAUUCAAUGGUGGCAACACUGUUUGCUCUGAAAGUCAGACAAUUAUUUGGGAAUUCUGUAUCUGUGCUCUAACCGAACAACAUGGCCAAAGAUAUUAACAGCCAACUUUGAGCAUGACAGCUCCAAACAACUUCCUCCUCCUGGCCAACAGAACACAGUACAUGAAGGCAGCGGAGAGCGAUGACUCCAGUCACACAAUAUCAACAAACUAAACAGGUCAAUCAGUGUAACUUGAUAAUGCCUAAAGUACAUCUUGAAAUCUGAAAACAAGCUGACAUGUUCUCGUUAGAGAAGCACAGCGAGUGACUUACAGAGAAGUGUGAUUCCAUGUUUCUCAUUACUUGGGAAAUACUUUUCACUCCCCUCUCAGGAAUGGAAGAAAUAGCAAUGUUAGGACACUUAGAAAAAACUUCAUAGGUUUUUCCUAAAAAAAAAAAAGAAAGAAAGAAAAAAGGGAAAAUCAUGAACAUGGUAACUAUAACACACAUCUCUAUGCUAAGUCCUUUAACUCAACAUUCCAGAAAAAAAAAAAAAUCCUGUUUGUUUGUUUUUGUCUUUUUUCUUUCUCUUGCUAUGUGCUAUAAAAGUGUAAAGUGGACAAGAAAUGCAUGUAAUCCAAGACCUUACACUGUUCACGGUAUCACUGACAGACUGACAAAGAGGAUUUGUGCAUUUAUACUCCAGUGGAGACUAAAUGAAGAAGAGGAUGAAAGAUAUUCUAUAACAAGCCCAAACAUAAGACUCAGAUCAUCACAUAAGAAAUCACUUGGAAAACAAUGUCAGGUUCUGACCAAUCAGGUCUUUUUUAUUCAUUGUCCUUUCCAAAUUAUUAAGAUAUUGCCCUCAGGCUGCAGAAGAGGUGUUUUCACAACCAUUGCACGGUGCUGGCGAGUUGGAAUCUUGUGCAUUAUCUUUUUGUUUUGUUUUUCUGUCGUUGCCUUGCUAUGUUUGUAGCGCAUUUAACAUAUUUUUUCUAUUCAUAAUAUCUAGUUGUUUUUUCUCACCUUGUUUGUAUAUAUAUAUAAAAAAAUAGACUGAUGUUUAUUUAUAUUUUUUUAAUUCAAUUCAAUUAUUGUAUUGAUUUCCUUUCUUUGUUUAUUACUGUUUUAAAUCCAUAGUUCCUCUGUCACUUGUUUACAGCCUUUAAAAAAAAAAAAAGUAAUAUA